CUAGCAGUUCGGAAACAUGCAAAUGUGAGUAGAUCAAUAGGUACUGCGCCGGUGGGAAGGUGACGGUGCUACAUGCAGUCAUGCCAGUGGCCACAUGACCUGGGAGGUGUCUACGGACAACGCCGGCUCUUUGGCUUCGAAAUGGAGAUGAGCACCAAACCCUAGAGUUGGACUAGUAGUUUGAAAACAUGCAAAUGUGAGUAGAUCAAUAGGUACUGCUCUGGCGGGAAGGUGACAGCACUCCAUGCAGUCGUGCCAGCGGCCACAUGACUUUGGAGGUGUCUACGGACAACGCCGGCUCUUUGGCUUAGAAAUGGAGAUGAACACCAAACCCUAGAGUUGGACUAGUAAUUCGAAAACAUGCAAAUGUGAGUAGAUCAAUAGGUACUGCUCUGGCGGGAAGGGAAUGUCGCUCCAUGCAGUCCUGCCGGUGGCCACAUGACCUUGGAGGUGUCUAUGGACAACGCCGGCUCUUCGGCUCAGAAAUGGAGUUGAGCACCAAACUCCAGAGUGUGAGUAGAUCAAUAGGUACUGCUCUGGCGAGAAGGGGACGGCACUCCAUGCAGUCCUGCCAGUGGCCACAUGACCUUGGAGGUGUCUAUGGACAACGCAGCUCUUUGGCUUCGAAAUGGAGAUGAGCACCAAACCCUAGAGUUGGACUAGUAGUUCGAAAACAUGCAAAUGUGAGUAGAUCAAUAGGUACUGUGCUGAUGGGAAGGUGACGGAACUCCAUGCAGCCAUGCCAAUGGCCACAUGACCUGGGAGGUGUCUCUGGACAACGCUGGCUCUUUUUCUUAGAAAUUGAGAUGAGCACCAAGCCCCAGAGUCGGACACGACUGGACUUAACGUCAGGGGAAACCUUUACCUUUUAAACCAUUUAUUUUUGCGGUGUGCGCAGCCACUGCAAAAACGUUGUACUGUUGCGUGUGUGCUGUUUUUGUCUGCGGUGUUGUGUGCGCUAUUCAAGCCCUAUGAUGCCACCCAAACGUUCUGCGGCAUUUCCCGGCCAUGAGCCUAAGUGUAAGCGAAAGAUGCUUACCAUCAAAGAGAAAGUCGAGCUUCUCGACAUGCUCCAGGAACGGAGAUCGUAUGCUGCCGUUGGCCGCCAUUACGGGAUUAACGAGUCAACCGUUCGUUCUAUUAAGAAGGAAGAGAAGAAUAUCCGGUCUACGGCAACCGUGACUUUCAACAAGAUGGCGAAAAGGGUGAUUACUCAUCGUAAUAAGUUGAUCGUAAAGAUGGAAUCUGUAUUAGCCUUGUGGAUUCAUGACUGUCGCGAGGAAAAUAUUUCCUUGGAUACAAACACCAUAAGGACUAAGGCAAAGCAACUUUACGACUGCAUGGCAGAGAAUAUGGAGAACGGUGGGGAUGACAAGGCAGGACCAUCCACAUCGACUGGUUCUCCCACCAAAGCGGGUAAAUUCGCUGCCAGCAAGGGCUGGUUUCAUAAAUUUCAGAAGCGCUAUGGACUUCAGAGUGUUUUUCUACAUGGAAAGGCUGCCUCUGGGAUUAAUGAAUCAACAGUUCGUGAUAUUAAAACGGAAGAGGAGAAUAUCCAGUCUACGGCAACAGUGACUUUCAACGAGAUAACGAAAAGGGUGAUAACUCCUCAUACUAAGUCAAUCGUAAAUAUGGAAUCUGCAUUAGCCUUGUGGAUUGAUGAUUGUUGUAAGAAAAAUAUUUCCUUGGAUACAAACACCAUAAGGACUAAGGCGAUGCAACUUUACGACUGCAUGGCAGAGAAUAUGGAGGACCAAGAAGAGGACGACGAUGAGGAUGAUGAGGCAGGAACAUCAACAUUGACUGGUUCUCCCACCGAAUCAGGUAAAUUCGCUGCCAGCAAAGGCUGGUUUCAUACAUUUCAGAAGCACUAUGGACUUAAGAGCGUUGGUCUGUAUGGAGAGGCUGCUUCUGCGGAUAAAGCCGCUGCCGAGGAUUAUGUAAACAACACAUUCAAGGAGAUAUUAAAAGAAGGAGGCUAUCGACCAGAACAAGUUUUUAAUAUGCAUGAAACGGGGUUAUUUUGGAAGAGGAUGCCAUCUCGCACUUUUCUAAUGAAGGAGGAAGCCACAGCCCCUGGUUUUAAAGCUCAAAAAGAUCGAGCCACUUUGAUCAUGUGUGGAAAUGCUGCAGGAUUUAUGAUAAAGCCAGGGCUUAUUUAUAAGGCCAAAAAUCCAAGAGCCCUAAAGAACAAAAAUAAGAAUGUGUUGCCUGUGCAUUGGAUGCACCACCCUAAGGCAUGUAUCACGAAAAUCCUCAUGAGGGACUGGUUUCAUCAGUGCUUUAUCCCGGAGGUUAAGGUUUAUCUGGCAGAGAAAGGUAUUGAUUUCAAUGUUCUUCUGUUGAUGGACAAUGCAGGAGGCCAUGCUGUUGACAUAACACAUGAUGGGGUCCAGGUAGAAUUCUUGCCACCAAGCACCGCAUCACUCAUUCAACCAAUGGAUCAAGGCAUUAUUCGCGCUUUUAAGGCGCUUUACACAAGAAAUUCCCUGCAAAGCCUCGUUGAAGCUAUGGACAUGGAUGAAGACUUUUCACUAAAGGAGUCCUGGCAUGACUACACAAUUGCAUCGUGCCUGAAAAAUAUUCAGAAAGCCAUAACCGAGAUGAAAACGGAGACUUUAAAUGCGUGCUGGGAAAAAUUGUGGCCGGAAGUGGUGCACGAUUACAAGGGAUUCUCUCCGGAUGAAAUCCAUCAUUCUGCAGUCGAUAACGCUGUGAGGCUGGCAAAAAUACUGGGCGGAGAAGGUUUUAGUGAUAUGACUGCUGAAGAUGUGAAUGAUCUGCUUGACAUGCACAGUCUGCCAUUGAUGGACGAAGACCUGGAGGAGGAAGAACAACAACGGGAUGAGGAAGAGGAGGUGGUUGGCUUAACGCUUGAACGUCUUGCAACCUUGCAGGAAAAGGCUCAAGAACUUCAGCAACUUGCUGAAGAUUGGGAUACAAAUACGGCUCGUUCGUUGCAGUUCAGGAAUUCCAUUGACAGCUGCAUGUCAGUGUACAAAACCAUGCUAACCCAGGCAAAGAAGCAGCGCCAGCAACUCCCCUAUGUUCAUAACUUGCACGAAGCAUCUGUGAUGUCAAUGCCUUUAGCAGAAGUACUGGGGAGGGAUUAUAAAGACUUAAAAUAGUGUACUGUACUGUCACUUCAGCAACGCAAACAAACCAGGGAAGUGGUUAACAAGAAGAAUGAGAAAGAAAAAAAGAAAAGGCAUACAUAAACACCAUAAAAACAGAAGACACAAUCUAUAUAUAUAAAAGAGUGAUGGCAUCAGGGCAGCGGACAAAACAACAAAACUACAGGCCCCCCAACCUCGAAAUUUGACAACACAACCCAUCAUCCAUGGCUCUAGGUUGAUACAACAAAAGGAAAAGAAAAAUAAAGUCCUAAUUAGAGGGAGAGGAAUAAUUGUUUUUAUCCAAUUGCUGCCAGUUAGAAGGCUAAGCUCCACACACUUGGUCUCCUAGCAACCCACUCAGCCCAGGGGAUAGGCAGAGUUAGGCUUCACUUAGGCCUCUUCCACAUAUUAUGUAAUUUGCACUGGAUUAUAUGGCAGUGUAGACUCAAGGCCCUUCCACACAGCUAUAUAACCCAUUUAGAAUCUUAUAUUAUCUGCUUUGAACUGGAUUAUCUUGACUCCACACUGCCAUAUAAUGCAGUCAUGCCGGCCACAUGACCUUGGAGGAGUCUACGGACAACGCUGACUCUUUGGCUUAGAAAUGGAGAUGAGCACCAACCCCCAGAGUCGGACACGACUGGACUUAAUGUCAGGGGAAAACCGUUACCCUUUACCUUAACUACCACCAAUUCCUCAAUACUUUAUUUCCCAUACCACCAGACUUCGCCACAGCAACGUGUGGCCGGGCACAGCUAGUCUAUACUAAAGAGGAAGACAUAAUUAAUCAGUUUAAACAAUAUUACAACAAACUAUACAGCCAUGAAGAUAUAGAAGAGGUAAAGGUAUCAGAAUUCUUGGACCGCCUAAAACUAACAAAAAGCACAGAAAAUCAGAGAUUUGACUUAAAUAAGGAAAUAACAGAACACGAAAUAAAGAUAGCAAUUCGCAAAUUGGACCCCCAAAAAGCUCCAGGGCCAGAUGGAUUGUCAGCAGCGUAUUAUAAGACCUUCGAGGAGAUUUUAACCCCCCAUCUGAAGAACAGGAUGAAUCAAGUAAUGACAGAACGGAAACUCCCACAAACCUGGAAGCAGGCAACCAUCACUAUGAUACACAAAGAAAACACAGAUGAAACAAACGUAAAAAACUAUAGACCUAUAUCAUUAUUAAAUGUUGACUAUAAAUUAUUUACAAAUAUAUUAGCGGGAAGAAUUAAACUUUUUUUAAAAAAUGGAUUAAAGAAGAGCAAGCAGGCUUUCUACCAAAUAGGAGGAUAAGCAAAAAUUUUAGAACUAUUAUCAAUUUGAUUGAUUACUACGAAAAAAUAAGCCGAAAAGAAGCAUUGUGACGCCAACGCCUUUAGCGGAAGUAUCUGGGGAGGGAUUAUAAAGACUUAAAAUACUGUACUGUACUGUACUGCAUACAGUAUUGGUUUAUAUAUAUAUAUAUAUAUAUUAAGGUUUUUCAAGUUAACAUGGUAAAAAAAAUAGGAAAAUAUCAAAGUGAGGGUCUAGGUAUGUUGGGGAGGAAGGGUGGGGGCAGGCUUAAAAGAAUGGGUUUUGGAAGCGGGCAAAGGGAGAAAUAAAGGAAGAGAGGAGAGGGUUGGAAAUAAAAAAGGGUUAUUUUGCUUUUCUUCUUCUCUGCUGGUGUGCUGUAUAUUGUAACUGCUUAAAUAAAGUAUAAAUAGUAAAAUAAAAAUAUGUCCCUACUUCACGGAUUCGUCCUGGAACGUAACCCCCGCGAUAAGUGAGGGAACACUGUAUUUUGUUUUGUAUUUUAUAAUCUGUGCCUUACGUAUUUAUUUGUCUUUUCUAUGACUAGACUUAAUGUAAGGGGACAGCCUUUACGUUUACCAAUAUGUGAAAGACCUAUAGUCUUAAGUAUUAAAUAAACUAUCUAACGACAUAGAGAAA